AAAAAACGCACUGUAUUCAGAAAGCAUAUUUAUGAGAAAAUGGCUCAACGUAAGUUAACAAUAUGGAUAUCCGUCAUUCCCCUUUUCCUAUCUUUUCCCAUCUUUGGGAUGUCCAUUUAUAUGCUUAUCAAUUCUUGUGCUACGAUGAAACCCCUCCCAUUCCUGUUCCUUCUCUAUGGACUUGCUAUGUUCCUAGUAGGCUUAUUUAGCUGUUGCGGAGUCCUGUAUGAGGAUUCCAAAUGCGUUGUUACGCCGACCUUCGGUAUGCCUCUCGCCUUACUAUUCAUGCUCGGGUUUAUCAUUUUUCUGUAUGUGGCGUCUCGAUACUCAGGCUCCCCCGAGCGGGAGCCUGAGCGGUUCGGUGAUGCCCAAUACCGUUUGGAUCACUUCUCUUCUUGGCUUCGCCGUAAGGUAAGCGGCGUGUAUACCUGGGAUCGAGUCAUAACUUGUGUCGCUCCAUCCGGUUCUUGUGGUGACUUGAAUCACACUUACUCCUUGCCUCAACAACUUUUCGCUGCACACCUCACUCACAUACAGUCUGGAUGUUGUGUGCCACCUGCAAAAUGUGGCUUCAGUUUUGUGAGCCCAACGUAUUGGGUAGCGGCCGCAACAAGCAACCAAACCACAGCCGCAAUAGAUGGGGAUUGUGCGAAGUGGAGCAAUGACCAAAGCAAACUCUGCUUCAAUUGUGAUUCUUGCAAAGCGGGAUUACUAGCUGAUAUGAGGAAGAAAUUGAUAAACGCAAAUAUCACUGUAAUUGUUACCUUUGUGGUGUCGGUUCUUGUUUGGGUCUUUAUGUGUUACAAGAGUGAGUCUUUCUUGAAUGGUGAAUGGGAUGAUUAACACAAACUAAACGAGGACUAAAAUGGCCUAUAUAUACGGUAUAUCCGACAUAGUUAAAAGUCGUAAUUUUGUUACCAUAUUACAUGCACAUUUUAUAAACAUUCUAUGUUCGUUCG